AUUAAUUAGCGCUAGAUCUAACUUGCCUUUCAUAGUCGUAGCAUGAGCUAUCUAUUAUGAGCUAUCUAUUAUGAGCUAUCUAUUAUUAUGGAAGUGUUGCAGAAAUACCUUUGUAACUCUGGUGUAGAUGAGAUAGAUUUGGAAACUAAAAUAGUCCCUCAUUUUUGGAAAAAGGGUUUUAAAAAAAUCGCCGAUUUUGAGUAUUUAGAAAAACAAGACCUUGAUGAUUUAGAUGCUAAUGAUUUAACUAAAAGAAGACUGUGGAAGCAUGUUUGCCUUGGCCUUCACCCCGAACCGACCAUAGAAGACGAAUUUGAUCAAGACACUGAAAUAUAUAUAAGAUACAUCUUUUGCAAUUCUGAUCUUUUUGCAAAUGAUAUAGCUGAAAUGAAUCUUGUCAAAAUAAAACCAUUAAUGAAGCUGGAUGAAAUUACAAGUAUGAUAUGUAGUGAAAAUAAAAUUCCACAAGAAGAAGUGAUUGAGCUAUAUUCAAGUCAUGGAUAUCCAUUACAAAAUAAUGAAAUAACUGGACAAAGUAUCAUAAUUUCUUGGAAAUUGGAGGAUGGUGAUUUAUUCUAUGUAUUAAGAAGGUUAAAAAAGCAACCACGAAUGAGGGAAUUUGUCUCAUUACCUGAACUAGAUCACUGUGUUGGUCAGGAAACUUUAAUAAUUGAAACUCCUUUCCAUGGAUCCUUCUCAGUUAAUGCAUACUGUGAUUCACCAGAAGACAUUGCACAAAAAGUCUACAGUGUUACUGGCAUACCUGUACCAUUUAUGUCACUUUAUGUGAGGCGAGGAUAUUUUCAUGAGCAAGUGACAGCAUUUACAGAGCUGAAAGAUCAAGAUCACAUUAGGGUUAUACUGCGAAGCCCAUUUGAAAUUGUUUUGAAGCCUCUCUCUAUCCAUUAUGGCUGCCAAACUUAUAAUUUUUUGGUACCCCAAACAAAAAAAGGAAUCACAAAAUUCUUUUCGAUUCUUAAAUUUAUUUGUUCACCUAAACCCCAUAAUAAAGAAUAUGACUUUGAAAGAUUCCAGUCUUUCUUAAUGACAUUCACUGAUUUCCCUCCUCUGGUCUAUGCAUUACAGAAUCUGAAAGAAUUUUCAUUCCUCACAAUAUCUGGCUGGACUGCAUUAAUUGAGGGUUUCUAUUUGCUUUUCAAAACGAUUCUUGACACUUUUGCUACAGUAAGUAGGGAUCAAAUUUUUGAAUAUUCAGACUACAUUCUUUCUAUGUUCAUACAUAAAUCACAUGAUAUUGAAGAAACAUGCACAGAAACACAGCACUGCUCCUUAGUUUGCCCUUUAUCAGGAACAAGAAUACAUCAACCAGUUCGUGUAGAUGUAGAUAUGACACAAGGUCCCUUUGAUAAAGAAAACAUCCUAGCAAAAAUUGAAAGUGAUAACAACUUCGAACAGUUUGGAAGGCUUACAAAAGAACAGUUAAAGGAUGAUGUUGAAACUGCUAAGCUUCUGAUGUAUUUUCCAUGGGAAACAGAUAAAAAAGUAUGUGUAUGGACAAAUCCACCAAAAUAUGUCAAACCACCAAAAGUUUGUAGAAAGGUGGAUGUGUUUUUUAAGUGGUAUGACAUGCUACACUCAUUAUCAGAGUUACAUAUACUCAAUCCUCAAGGAUUGUAUGGAGACGAAUGUUUAACAUACAAUAGUGAAGCACAUCUAAUCUAUUUUCCUGGCUCAACAAAAAGUACAGACAAAAAACAUAAAGCAGUAUUCUACAAUGCAUGUGCUGAUGCUGAACGCAACUACCAACAAGUAAUACAUAAAGCAGAACUUGAGAAAAUUGGAAACUCAGGCCUUGAAUUGCAAGUUACUUCUGAUAUAAAAAAAGUAAUCAAAAAAGAUAGUCAUGUCAUUCUAAACUAUGAUAAAAUAAGAAAAUCAGUUGUCAUUUCACCUGAGAAAAGCAUACAGUGGGAAACAGAAGAAGCAGUUGUCAUAUUAUUGGAUCAACGUAGUUCUAUGAGAAACACAAUUUUCAAAGAAAUUGGAGACAUGAAAAGUGAUUGAUGCUGCUAAACAAUUGUGUUACAGUUUUGCAACACAAUCUCAAGCAUACAAGCUUGCAUCUUGCUCUGGGACUAACUAUAUUUGGGUCAGAAACCAUUGUAAAACUAAAAGUCACAAAUAGAUUUAACACUGAAGAAUUUGAGACUACCUUAAAU